AUGGAUAUUGUCAAGGUAAGAGUUGGAGACAGUGUUUUUGAAGCAAAAAAGUCUCUGCUGGUACGAGAUUGUGAGUACUUCAGGGCACUUUACCGAUCUGGGAUGGUAGAGUGCCACCAAGACGAGAUUCACUUGAAGAACCUUCCUGCUCAAGGGUUCUUAAUUAUGUUAGCAGUGGCUAGCGGUGAGAAACCCAUUCUGAAUGGUGGUGAGAUUCUGAAGGCCAUUGAAUGUGCUGCGUUCUUCCAGGCAGAACCUCUUGCUAAGCAUCUUCAGGAUCUUCUCAACUCUGACAAUUGCCUGCUCAUGUACCAAGCCUCGGCCACCUAUGGUUUAUGGGGACUCCAUGAGAUGUCAGCACAGUUCAUUCAAAAUAUGUACCGAGACCUGCAAGAAGAGUUGAAGAACCUUCCUCAAGAGUUGAUUGAACAUGUAGAGUCUCAAGUUCCUAGUACAUUUGUAGCUGUUGGAUCUCAUUCCACCUGCUCUGCUGAUGAGCUUCCUCUUGCUGCCAUAAGGACAGUGUGUUACCUUGAUGAAGAUGAUCAGGAUUGGAAAGUCCUUACAGAAUUACCCAAGGAGGCCAGCACCUCUCUGGCAGGUGUUACCGUCUUGGACAACAGGCUCUACAUUGUAGGAGGUGUUCAUGGUGUUGAUAAGAGGGCUGUUGAAAGUAGCUUUUGCUAUGAUGUCAUCACAGACACCUGGAGCUUGCUUCCAGGCCCCAGACAACCACGAUACAACUUUACUCUAAUUGGUUUAGAUGGUUGCCUCUAUGCCAUUGGAGGAGAGUCUGAGAGAACCACCAUGUCCUCAGUUGAGAUAUAUAAUGUCACAAAAAAGAACUGGUCUUUUGCUGCACAUUUACCUAGACCGGUAGCUGGGGUAGCUUGCACCAAAACUAUGAGCAGGAUUUUUGUUUGUCUCUGGAAGCCAAUGGAAACUAAUGAAAUCUACGAAUACAUUUUACACCAGGACACAUGGGUUCUGAUCAGUAAACUCCUGAAGCACCAGAGCUAUGUACACUGCAUGGUGGCCCACAGGGACAACCUCUACGUUAUACGCAAUGGACCCAAGGAUGACUUCUUGCGUUGUUUGAUAGACUGCUACAACAUCACCACAGGGCAAUGGACUUCAAUGCCUGGGCACUAUGGUAACAGCAAAGGAGCACUGUUUACAGCUGUAGUGAGAGCAGAUUCUGUAUUCACAGUGAACCGCACAGAUACGUUAGAGCACACCAUUGCAGGGAACAUGUGGAAACCUCGUAACCAGAUGAAGGGUUUUCCCAGGAAUGGAUCUGUGUGGACAUUUCUACUGAGGAUUCCGAAGGAGAGGAAGAACUAAAGUGAUGAUGUUACAUUUUACUGGGGCCAAACUACCCAUUUAUCAGGGUGGUAUGCAGCAUAAGUGUUGGCUCCCCAUUGAACGAUUUGUCAUCUGACUGCCCCCUUCGGGGUUGAUUUGGUG